AUGUUAUGCGAAUAGCUUGAAUAGUUUGAUACUUCUCUUCAAAAUGGAAGAGAGAGGAAAAACUUAGAGCAUGCGAGAAAGGAUUAGAGCAUCAAAUUCAAGAUGAAUUCAUAUGAUUUAAAUGAUUUUAUGUUGAUGUUCUGAUUCUUGAAUCAUUUUAUUAUGGAUGUUUUAGUAUUUCAAAUAAUUAGUACUUAAGAGAGAAAGUUGACAUGGAUAAAAUACUGGGUAUAUCUUUGAAAUAUAAUUUAACAAUAGACUUAAAUUAGUUAUGUUUCAAGAAGAAUUUAGUCGGUCAAAAAAAAAUUAGAUUAAAUAUAAUUUUAGUUAAGCUAUUCCAAAUCCAUCAAAUUUAUCUUAUGUAAUAGUAAAGUCAUUAAAUAUAAAUGAUGUAAAGUCUGAUCAUAGUUGAGGUUUAUUAUUUUAUGGAUUAAUUGCAAAUAUAACAUCAAGAUAUUAUUCAUAAGCAGUAGGAUCUUUAAGAAAAUGCAAUGCCUCUUCUAUAUACAUUGCCCUUUAUAAAGAAUGAUAGAUUAUUCAAUAUUUAUUUUGUUAUUAAUUAAUAAGAAAAAGAUUUAUUUUUAUUGGGUGGAUUUAAUUAUAUGACUUUUGAAUUAAUUAUAUUUUUUAUUCAAUCUGCUCUGUAAAAUUAAAUGAUGGCUUUAAUUUUAUAAAUAUGUUAAGAUUUAUUAAUUAUUGUAUAG